AUGCUUUACCCAUCGAGCCCAGAAGCGGCUACGCGCUUUAUAAAGUUUGUCAACGCAUCUCCCACUCCUUUUCACGCUGUUCACAACGCUGCCCUCCGUCUCGAGAAAGCUGGUUUCCAGAAGAUCAGGGAGAAGGAUAGUUGGGAGAACGAAGUACAACCAGGUGGCAAAUAUUUCUUUACGAGAAACCAAUCUGCGUUGGUUGCAUUUACCCUUCCACAGAAAUGGAAACAAGGUACAGGACUCAGUGUCGUCGCGACUCACGUCGAUAGCCCCAACCUCAAAAUUCGACCCAUCUCCAAGCGCAGCAAAUCAGCGUAUUUGCAAGUGGGAGUAGAGACCUACGGGGGAGGUAUCUGGCAUUCGUGGUUAGACCGCGAUCUAUCUAUCGCGGGCAGGGUUGUGAUCGCAGAGAAAACUGGUGGCUUCACUUCGAAGCUUCUCAAACUGGAUAGGCCGAUUCUUCGAAUUCCAACGCUCGCCAUUCACCUGGACAGAAAUAUUAACGAGUCGUUCAAGUUCAAUCAAGAAACUGAAUUUGUUCCUAUCCUUGGGCUUAUCGAGGAUCACAUCCAGGAUAAUCACCAUCCAGCCCUGUUGUCACUCCUUGCUGGAGAAUUAUCCAUCGCGCCCGAGGAGAUUCACGACUUUGAAUUGUCCUUAUAUGACACUCAACCAGCCUGCCUCGGCGGUUUAAACAACGAAUUCAUCUUCAGCCCUAGGAUGGACAACCUUGUUUCUUCGUUUUGCGCAGUCGAAGCCAUCGCAGAAGCUGUCCAAGCUACGAGCCUGGAAGGAAACGUGAACUGCAUUGCCCUUUUCAACCACGAAGAAAUUGGCAGUGUUUCCUCCUCAGGAGCUGAAUCCAGCCUUGUUCCUUCUCUUCUCAAUCGCCUCUCUCCUACUCCAUCUACUCUUGCUCAGUCGAUUGCCAACUCUUUUCUGAUUUCGGCGGACAUGGGGCACGCCCUGCACCCCAAUUACUCAUCCAAGCACGAAGAGAAGCAUAAACCAAUCAUGAAUAGAGGAAUUGUUAUCAAGACCAAUGCCAAGCAAAGAUACGCAAGCGAUGCCAUCUCGACUUUCAUUGUGAAGCAGUUGGUCGAGCGCAAAGGCGGAAGAGUACAAGAGUUCGAAGUGCGAAACGACAUGGCAUGUGGAUCUACGGUGGGGCCUAUGUUAUCCAAAAUAGGCAUUCGCACCGUCGAUGUUGGCAACGCAAUGUUGUCCAUGCACUCGAUCCGCGAGACGGCAGGAUCGCAUGACGUCCAGAAUGCCAUCGACUUAUUUAGCUCUCUCUUUGAAGGAUUUUCAGCUCUCGAUAAGGAGUUGUCUGUCGAUUGA